AUGGGGGCCGACAAGCAGGGCCAGAAAAGGGCGGGCGGCGGAGAUGAUGCGGGGAGCGUGAAGCGGAGCAAGGGAGCCGAUGGGAGCCGUGGCGUCGACGCGGUGGGUCCAGGCGGCUCGCGGACUCGAGGUCAGAGCGUGGUCGACCAGCUCAAGAAGAAUGGGGCCAAGGUGAUAAGGUCGCAUAGCAAGGGCGAUGGAAUCGGGAGUGCAGAUGGGGGCCAUGCCGACGAGGUUGUUGCUCAAGACGCUGGACCAACAGCCUCGCCCCUGGUCGUCGAGAAGCCCCAUGGUCUGGUCGGCGGGAAAGGCUUGAGCGACGAGAAGAUCCCAACCGCUCAAACGGCGAUAGAUGGAGGUGCCAGAACCGUCAAGGGACCGUCUAUCGGGGUGGCGGGGACCACGUCGAUUCCCCGAAAACCCCCUGCGGCUAGCAGCGCGGCGGUCGGCCCGUCAGCCGCGAACAACGAUGGGCCGGCCCUUGCGGCCACUUCAGCUCCAGCAGGCCCGUCUGCCGCCAAGGGCGACGCGAAGGAUGCUGCGGCUAACCGCGACGGUCCGUCCGCCACUAAGGUGCCCACAGCGGCGAACGGGCUUAGGGAAAUGCUCCACCGCAUGGAGGCCCAUCGCAAGGACGUGCAGCAGCCUCCCUUGGUCGAUGCCGCCCCCGCCGAAGCAGCACGUCGCUCGAUCACUCCGCAGGUCACCGCCACAACGCCCAGUGCCCCACAUACCGCGCCUCUGGUCGCCGCCCAUCCUCCUGCGGACCCAAAGUCCGCAUUGCUUCGCGCCCGGUUAGGCGCACGUAGUGCAGCAGCGCCAGCACGGACUCAGCCGGAAGCCGGCUCAAGCGCGACGCCGACGUCGGUAAACGAGGCGGCGGAUAAGGGCGUGAGGGCAGCGCUAGCCACCGGUGGUGGAGCCGUUGACCAUGCACAGGCAUCGAAAGGCCACAACGACGCCGACAUCGCUGCUAUCCAGAACCUGUUGGAAGCGGUAAAACGCCCCGGGCACCCCCCUGAUCUGGCCAUCUCAGACACGGCGCAUGUGGAGCCCUCGGCAAGUCCCCCCGGUGGUUCAGCGGAGCCAAAGACGACCACUGAUGCUGUCGGCGAGGGAGAGUCAAAACGGAAGGGGAAGGCCGACACAGGGAAAGGGAGGGCGAGCUCUCAGAUGAAAACACGGGCGAUGUCGGCCGAGACAGGGAGGGAGAAGGCGAAGGAGAAGUCGGUGGAGAAAGGGAAGGAGAAGGCAGAGGAGAAGGAGGAGAAGGAGAAGGUGGCGAAGAAGGAGAAGGAGAAGGAGAAGAAGAAGGAGAAGGAGAAGGAGAAGGAGAAGGAGAAGGAGAAGGAGAAGGAGAAGGAGAAGGAGAAGGAGAAGGAGGAGAAGGAGAAGGAGAAAGGACGGAAGGGUCAUGGCAUCUGCCACAACAACUCGGGCGACGGUCUAGGGUGGGUGGGCGAGAUUAAGGUGCUCGGCGCUAAUCAAUAUAUCGGCAAGUCGCGCGACAAGAUGGAGCUGGCGUACCUGCACUCGAUUGCGUACAUCGUCUACGACGGUUACGUCAGCAAGGUCCUCAUGGCCGAGCUCACCGGCUUGGAGGAAACCGAGUUGGAGAAGUGGAGGAAGGUGUGGGAGGAGGUCAAGAUAUUGCUGACAGGGAUGUGGACGAUGAUAUGGGCACGGGGCGCGUACCUUCCAAAAACACGGUUCGAUGACAUUCUCGGCAAGUAUCGAUCGUGCAAGAGCUCAGGCGAUGCGCACCACGACGCGCUCUUGCCGGCGAUCUGGUUAACCGUCGAUGCUGUCACAAAGGAAGGCAAGGAGAAGUCGGAUGCUAUGAUGUCGGCCAUGAUAGGUCGCGUGUCCAUGUGCGCUGCGUAUGGGAAGGUCGCUGCGAGCGCGGCGAGGAAGGAGGGAGACACUGAUGAGAAGAUGGCGAUGGCGGCACAGGCGUUAUCGGCCUCCGCUUGCGACGUGUGGUGCUUAGUCGAGAACGACGACGCCCAGGUGGUCGAUGCUAUGGGCGAAGGGAAGGCGGCGGCGAUGGUGGUCGGUGUGAGCAAGAAGACCGCCGGUGUCUUCAAGGAGGUCAUGCAGGCGGUGCUGGAGGCCGAGAUCGACAGGGAGCAACCCCUCGGUGAGGUUGCGCACAACGUCGCGCAGGCGCUGCAGAGUCUCGCUCUGCACCGGGUCUUCUCGGGGGUGGAUCAUGAAGUCGAAGCCGACGUGAUCGCUAGAGCUACGGUGGAGACCUUGGCGUUCUGGGGAAUGUGCCCCGUCGCCGGGCCGAAACUCGAAGAGAUCGGCAUCGCGGUGCCGUGUGACGCGCAGAUGGAGUACGAUAUUGAACACAGGGGGAGGAAGGGGCAAAGGGGCAGGCACUGCAAGGACAGCACGGGGAAGAAGGGGAAGAAGGGCCGGAAGGGCAAGGACAGCACGGCGGUGUAG